AUUGGGACCUCCCACAUGCUUCUGCCUCUCAGCUUACCAGUUCCAACCGAGGAAAAGCAGCUUCUCUGCUCUGAGAUGAGUGCCACAAAGAGUAACCUACUUGUACUCAGUACCACAGGCAGCCCGCAGGAGGGAGAAAUGGAUAAAAUGCUCCAAGGAAAAUGUCACAGAAUGGACUCCCUUGUGUCUCCUGCUCAGCUUUACUGCUGCUAUGGAGUGAUCAUGGUCCUCACUGUAGCUGUAGUUGCUCUUUCGGUUCUUUUGUCAGUAAGAACUACAGAACAGAUCUCAAUCGAAAAUAUCUAUGCUGCUUGUCCGAGCAACUGGAUUGGAUUUGGAAAUAAAUGUUUUUAUUUUUCUGAAGACUUAAGUAACUGGACAUCUAGCCAGACCUUCUGCAGGGAACAAGAGGCCCGACUAGCUCGAUUUGACAACAUGGAGGAGCUGGAGUUCCUAAAGAGAUACAAGGGAAUUUUUGACUACUGGAUUGGCCUGCACAGAGAGUCCUCAGAAGACCCUUGGAGGUGGACAGACAACACUGACUAUAACAGCACGGUUCCCAUCCGGGGAGUGGAAAGAUAUGCCUACCUGAACAACAAUGGGAUCAGCACUGCCAGGAUCUAUGCAGAUCGCAGAUGGAUCUGUAGCAAGCCCAACAGCCAUAGCCUCCACUGCCAGAUUCCUUUUUCUUCUGUGUAGCCUUUCUCAAGAGAUGCUUCUUAGUCUGUUAUCUAUGGGUGCUGCUCUUUCCCCUGUAGUUCCACAUUGCUAUCAAAAAGAAUUAAGAAUAUUUCCUAACAUCACAAAUGAAAACCAUCUUGGAGAGCUGCACAUAGAGGGGAUUACAAAAACAGAUGAUUCUAAAAGAGAUGUUAGCCCUCAUACCUUAAGCCUAAAGUACAACUAACAUUAGUGAACCUCACUUUUAUGAUAUGAAGUUUUUAUGCAGAGAAGUCCUUCUUUUGAAUUUAUGAAACCACAAAAAUGAGUUUCUUAAUGUGCACAUGGCCAUUAAUAAUGAAAGAAUGGCUGGGGUAGUGACAUGCAUCUGUAAUCCCAGCUACGUAAGUGUUGAAACAGGAGGGUCACAGGUUCACUAUUGGGGAUUGAAAGCAUGGAAAUGCCUUAAUAAUGAUAGGGAAAAUGAGAGUCAAUCUGUAGUAUCCCAUAACUUGGAGAAAAUAUUAUACAUGCUUUUCAAAAUUCAAAUCAACAUACAGAACAAUUUAAAAAGUUUGUGAAAUUCAGUUUUAGUUUACACUCUUCAAUUUAAAAAAUGAGGGACAUUGGCCAAAUGUUUCUCUACUUUAGUUUUCAAUAUUCCUAUUUCCAAUUAUACUGUUCUAAGUAUAAUUAUAAUUACGUAUCCUGUUCUAAGUAUAAUGCAUUUUAUAAAGAAAUACCAUUUUAAUUUCACCAUUUUAUUGGAUUUAUUUCACAUCAAAUGUGAUUUAAACUCCUUAAGCAUAUAAUACUUAAUUUUACACUAGCAUGUAUAUUAUUGGGUCUUUAAAAAGUAUUUAAAAUCUUAUAGAGUUAGCUACCCCAUACCGAUGAGUCCCAAAAAGGAUGAAAUAACAGGCUAAAAAGCAUCUCUUGACCUCUUCAUCCUUUCUUCUCCAUCUUGUUCUUUUUAAAGACUAUGUAUCAACUUGAUAUGCCAAAGGGGAGGUGACAUCUAUGGGAAGCCUCCAGGUCUCUGAAGAGAAAGGGAUGGAGAGAUGGGUGAAGGGGAGGGGAGAGGCACAUAGGGGAAGGGAGGAGGGAAGGGAAUUAAUAAUAAAAAAAAAAUUCUGUUUAUUCAGACUUCAUUUAUGCUUAUUGCUUGUAUAUAUGUAUAUAUUUGCCCCAUCUGUGCUGGACAGACAACACAGAGACAGCACAGGCAGAGAUCAGACAGGACCAAAAGGGAUCAGCUCCCUGCUUACUGUGAGUGGCCAUGUGGAAGCCAUCUUUCCAGCCUUCUUGUCUCCCUUUUAUUGGCACUGCUGAUCAAGCUUUGCAAAGGUAGCAGGUCGUUCCCUUCAGCUUUUGUAAAAUUUGUUUUAUUCUUGCCUAAAUCUGUGACCCUCCUCAAGUAGCUGGGGUCAUAGGGUGUGUCACCAGACAGCCAUUCUGCUUUCUCAUUCCUGAAAACCAAGAACAUUUUAAAAUAUGCAUUGAUGCUUUGCCUGCAUGUGUGUCUGUGUAACGGUGCCACAUCCUCUGGAGUUACAAGCAGUUGUGUCUCCCAUAUGGGUGGUGGGAAUUGAAUCCCAGUCCAAUGCUCCUAAUCACACAUGCAUUUUGAAUAAUGUAUUGUCUUUAUUUUAAAGCCAUGCUUUAUUAUUUAUUAGAUGAAUUAAAGCAUAUUUCAUUCUGAAAAAAAUA